CGGCGGGGGGGGCUCAGUCAGGGCAGCGAUUCGUGGCGGAACCAGUGACACCCACGGCAGCGACCUCCCGGCCCAGCGGAUCCCCAUUUCUCGAGGCGGAGCGGGACGAGCCCGAGACCGAUCUCUCGUUAUGAGUCAUGUGGCGGUGGAAAAUGCCCUCAGUCUAGACCAGCAGUUUUCUGGUCUAGACUUGAAUUCCUCAGACUCUCAGAGUGAAGGAAGCUCUACAAGCAAAGGCCGAUACAUUCCUCCUCACUUGCGGAACAGGGAAGCUUCAAAACAGGGUUUCGAUAGCGGUGGCUGGAGCUCCAGACGGGACAAGGAUGCCUACAGCAGCUUCGGUGCGCGCUCCGACCGCGACGCCAAAUCCAGCUUCUUCGACCGCGGGACCGGAUCCAGAGGAGGGAGAUACGAGGAGCGUGGCAGAGGCGGGGACUACGACCGCAGCGGCUUCGGCAGAUUUGACCGUGGCGGCGGGAACAGCCGCUGGUGUGACAAAUCAGAUGAGGAUGACUGGUCCAAGCCUCUCCCCCCAAGUGAACGCCUAGAACAGGAACUCUUUUCAGGAAGCAAUACUGGCAUUAACUUUGAGAAAUAUGAUGAUAUUCCUGUUGAAGCAACAGGCAGCAACUGUCCUCCACAUAUUGAAAGUUUCAGUGAUGUUGACAUGGGAGAAAUUAUCAUGGGAAACAUUGAACUCACACGCUACACCCGUCCUACUCCAGUCCAGAAACAUGCAAUACCUAUUAUUAAAGAAAAGAGAGACUUAAUGGCCUGUGCUCAGACAGGGUCUGGGAAAACAGCUGCAUUUCUUCUACCAAUACUGAGCCAGAUAUAUGCAGAUGGCCCUGGUGAUGCCUUGAGAGCAAUGAAGGAGAAUGGGAGGUAUGGGCGCCGUAAGCAAUACCCAAUCUCACUGGUCUUGGCUCCCACUAGAGAACUGGCUGUGCAGAUCUAUGAGGAAGCCAGAAAGUUUGCAUACCGCUCCAGAGUUCGCCCCUGCGUUGUAUAUGGUGGUGCAGACAUUGGCCAGCAGAUCCGUGACUUGGAACGUGGAUGUCACUUGCUUGUAGCAACUCCAGGACGACUGGUUGAUAUGAUGGAGAGAGGAAAGAUUGGACUGGAUUUCUGCAAGUACCUAGUCCUUGAUGAAGCUGACAGAAUGCUUGACAUGGGGUUUGAACCUCAAAUUCGUCGAAUUGUUGAACAAGAUACUAUGCCACCAAAGGGGGUUCGUCACACCAUGAUGUUCAGUGCUACUUUCCCCAAGGAAAUCCAGAUGCUUGCUCGUGACUUCCUUGAUGAAUACAUCUUUCUGGCUGUUGGCAGAGUAGGUUCCACAUCUGAGAACAUCACACAGAAAGUGGUAUGGGUGGAAGAGCCAGACAAACGAUCGUUCCUGCUUGACCUGCUAAAUGCCACAGGUAAAGAUUCGUUGACUCUGGUGUUCGUGGAAACUAAAAAGGGGGCAGAUGCUCUAGAGGACUUCCUGUACCACGAAGGCUAUGCCUGUACAAGUAUCCACGGAGAUCGCUCCCAGAGGGACAGAGAGGAAGCGCUGCACCAGUUCCGCUCUGGCAAGAGCCCCAUUCUUGUUGCCACAGCAGUAGCAGCAAGAGGACUGGAUAUCUCAAAUGUAAAGCAUGUCAUAAACUUCGACCUGCCCAGUGACAUUGAGGAGUACGUACAUCGUAUUGGCCGUACAGGCCGUGUAGGAAACCUUGGUCUUGCCACUUCAUUCUUCAAUGAGAGGAACAUAAACAUUACAAAGGACUUGCUUGAUCUCCUUGUGGAGGCUAAGCAAGAGGUACCAUCUUGGCUGGAGAACAUGGCCUAUGAGCAGCAUCACAAAGGAGGAGGCAGCCGUGGGAGAUCUAAGAGCAGUCGGUUCAGCGGAGGCUUCGGAGCCAGGGACUACCGGACGAGCAGCGGCUUCGGCAGCAGCAGCUCCAGCAGCAGCCGGUCAACCAGCAGCCGCAGCGGCGGGAGCGGCAGCAGGGGCUUCGGAGGUGGUGGUUAUGGAGGCUUCUACAACAGUGAUGGAUAUGGAGGAAACUAUAACUCCCAGGGGGUGGACUGGUGGGGCAACUGAUCUGCUUGCAGCAGAUACCCCACCAAACAAGCUAAUAUGGAAACCACAUGUAACUUAGCCAGACUAUACCUUGUGUAGCUUCAAGAACUCGCAGUACAUUACCAGCUGUGAUUCUCCACUGAAAUUUUUUUUAAGGGAGCUCAAGGUCACAAGAUGGAAAUAAAGGAACAAGUAGCCCUA